ACCAUCACCCCUUACCUAUAUUUUUUUCAAAGUCUCUCAAUGGAUAGCCUGAGAGAGAAGCCCAUAGAAUUCAUAUUUUCUGUUUUCUGUUUAAUUAUUUUACUAUCCGCCCGUAAUUCCACGGCGGAUCUACCACGGUUGAUCCAACCACCAAAAUCCGAUGGUACACUCAGUUUUCUCGUCGUCGGUGACUGGGGAAGAAGAGGUUCUUAUAAUCAGUCCCAAGUAGCUCUUCAGAUGGGAAAAACAGGAAAGGAUUUGAAUAUCGAUUUCAUCAUUUCGACUGGAGAUAACUUUUACGAUGACGGAAUAAUCAGUCCAUAUGAUUCUCAAUUUCAAGAUUCUUUCACCAAUAUUUACACAGCAUCUAGCUUACAAAAACCAUGGUAUAAUGUAUUAGGAAAUCAUGACUAUAGAGGCAACGUCGAUGCGCAACUCAGCCACAUGCUAAGAGAUUUGGACUGUCGAUGGAUUUGCUUAAGAUCUUACGUUGUUAACGCCGAGAUCGUCGAUAUUUUCUUCGUGGACACAACACCGUUCGUAGAUAAAUAUUUUGCUGAACCAAAGGACCAUGUUUAUGAUUGGAGAGGCGUAUUACCAAGAAACAAAUAUCUUAACAAUCUCUUAACGGAUGUCGAUGUGGCAUUGCAAGAAUCUGUGGCAAAAUGGAAAAUAGUAGUAGGUCACCAUACAAUCAGAAGUGCAGGUCACCAUGGCAUUACCAAAGAGCUUGAAAAACAACUUUUGCCUAUCCUCGAGGCUAAUGAAGUGGAUCUCUAUAUUAACGGGCAUGAUCAUUGCUUGGAGCACAUAAGCAGCAUCAACAGUGGAAUACAAUUUAUGACAAGUGGCGGUGGGUCCAAGGCGUGGAAAGGAGAUGUGCAGAAGUGGGACCCGCAAGAGAUGAGGUUUUACUACGACGGACAAGGAUUCAUGUCGAUUUAUAUCUCAGAAGCCGAACUACGCGUCGUUUUUUACGAUGGUUUUGGUCGCGUUUUGCAUCGAUGGAAUACUUAUAAAAAGGGGAUUUAUUCGGGUAUCUAGUUGACGAAUCUGACUUUUAAAAAAUUGUUGAGGAGAUAUAUUUGUAUUAGUACUUCCAAUGUUUAUUAUAUUUGAUCAAUUGGGAUAUUUUUUUUUGUAACAUCAAUGGGGAUAUCUUAUGUGACAAUGUUUUGCAUGACUUGCAGUUAUAUUUCUAGUU